AUGUGGGUCCUCAAUCGCGAGUGCUAUUCGUUCCACCUCCCAGUCUCUGAUCACCACCAGGUGCGACACGCCCCUCUUGAUCUCAUAAAGCCCCGAAGCUUCGAGUAUUCUGAGAUCAAGGGGGAGUAUCCCAGCCAACAGCACCGCAAAGUUCAGAGAGAUAGUCCGAUAUGCACUGCAGAUCUUCUGGGCAAAACCCCGUUGAACGGUGACCUAAAGAAACUUAUUCAAAAUGUUUGCUCGGAUUCUGAAAUAGCCAAAGAAAUUACAUUCGAAAAAACUAAGGCACAAGCCAUUGUUUCAAAUGUAACAGGAAAAUUAUCUCACAGCGAAUUAGUUAAGACUUUACAAACUGAAAAAUUUUCUUUGAUUGUUGAUGAAAGCACAGACAAAUCAACAACAAAACACUUGGCGCUCAUUGCCAGAACAGCAGUAGAUUUCAAUGUGGAAGAUAAUUUUUUAUGUUUAAUACCAAUUGUAGAUGGCACUGCCUCAGCAUUACAUAAUGAAUGCAAAGAAUAUUUUGAUAAUGAAAAUAUUCCUUACAAGGAGAAUAUGAUUGGAUUUGCAGCUGAUGGUGCAAAUACUAUGUUUGGCUCACACCAUUCAUUGUCCACCCUAUUUGCAAAUGAGAUCCCUCAUUUAUUCAUGAUGAAGUGCAUUUGCCACUCUUUUCAUUUGUGUGCUUCUUAUGCCUGCAAAAGUCUUCCGAGGGGUGUAGAGGAUUUUACAAGAGAUGUGUACAAUUAUAUCCAAAAUAGCCCAAAACGUCUGGGUGACUAUAAAGAAUUCCAAUCUUUUUUGGAAAUAAAACCCCACAAACUUCUACACCCAGCUCAAACAAGGUGGCUGUCUUUACUUCCUGUGGUCAAACGGCUUUUAGAACAGCUUCCAGCUUUAAAGUUAUACUUCCAAAAUGCUGUUUUGAAUGACAGGCUACUUGCAGCUCAGACCAUCCAUGUGAAGGCGAUGGAUCCUUCAACAGAGCUAUACUUAAAUUUUUUGGAUUAUGUCUUGCCCUAUUUCCAUGACAUCAAUAAAGAAAUGCAAUCAGAAAGUCCUAAACUUUACUUGUUAUAUGAACGGAUUUUUACAACAUACAAAACUAUCUUGGAAUGUUUUAUUAAACCAGAAUUACUGCAGCUGACUGAAGAUGAAAAAAACAGAAGCAAGGAUCUUAACUUGGACUUAGAGAACAAAAUAUUGAAUUUAGAAUAUGAAAAUAAACACAACCAUGUACCAAUAGAAGAAAUAUACCUUGGUGGUAAUGUUAUUUCCCUGUUAUUGAAACAAGAUUUUGUGGCUAAAAUGACUCAAAUGGAAAUAGUACAGUUUAAAGAGAAAUGUAUUCUUUUUUAUAUAGAAAGUGUAAAACAAAUAAAGCAGCGUUUUUGUUUUAAUGAAAAACAAAGAUUAAAAUGUCUUAAAUUUUUGAAUCCUAAACAUAUAAUUGAAAAACAAGCAGUCACUACUAUUGCUCAUUUAGGAGUUCAAUUUCCAGGCCUUUGCCCAGAAAACAUGACCGAAUUGGACAGAGAGUGGAGAUUAUUAAGAAACAUAACAUUUAAUUUCCCAGAAAAAAAAUUAGAUCCUACACCUUCACCCGAAGAAUUCUGGAAGCAUGUUUCAUCCAUUAAAAAAGGAGACCAGUCUCCAAUGUUUCCACUGCUAUGUGAAUUCGUGAGAAAAUUACUCGCACUUCCACAUAGUAGUGCAAACGUUGAGAGAUUGUUUUCUGCAAUUAAUAACAUGAAAACCUCCCAAAGAAAUAAAAUUUGCACGAAGACUCUAGAGGGAUUGUUGCGUUCUAAAAGAUUUAUAGCAAACAAUGGGCAGCCUAGUGCAGAACAUUUAAAACUUUUUAAUAAAAAUAUGUACAAUUAAAAAAAAAUAAACAUUUUAAGAACAGUUCAUGCAUUUUUAAUCUCAAAAAAUCUUCUAAAUUGAGGUGGUAGAUCUACCAAUUUUGCAUUUUACAUUCUACCAACUUCUACCAACAUUUGGCACAUAAUCUACUAAUUUUCUAAAAUUGGGGUUGGCA